AUGGCCAUCUGCGAACUCUGCCGGAAGAACGUCCUCGAGUCAAAAAAGACAUGGGACCAUCAUCACAUCAACACCGAUACCUUCAAUGAUGCCGCAGACUCAAACUGCACUUUUUGUCGAAAGCUAGGCGGGUUUAUCAAGGCCCUCAGAUUGAAGCCUCGUGUUGACCCAUUCUAUCGGUGGGCCAUGCGUGAGACUGCCCAAAUCAGGGAGACCAAGAGCUACAUCUCUAUCACUUUCCGUCCGGUAUCUAGUCUGGACCACGAAGCAUAUAUGGGCGACCGGCUUCCAGAAAUCUGGAUUGACUCUGUUUGUAUCAUCCAAAACGAUACGGACGAUUGGGAGGCUGAGGCGAAGCUCAUGCACAAGGUGUACCGGAAUUCCUAUUGCAACCUCGCUGCUGCUGAUUCGAAAGACUGCCAUGGCGGACUAUUCCGAGUUCGCGCCAACGACGUGCUGCCCACCAAAUUUGUGUCUGAACGCUUCUCCCGCAGAUUCAGCAACCGCAGCUGGAGAAUAGUCUCCUCCGAUCUGUGGGACAGAGAGCUCCUUGGAAGCCCUCUCUAUACCCGUGGCUGGGUUUUCCAAGAACGAAUGCUUUCUCCCCGCCUUCUCCAAUUCGGCCGGGACCAACUGUUCUGGGACUGUGCAGCCAUCUCCGCGUGUGAAGCUCUUCCUGCAGGGUUCCCGCUUUCCAUCGACGAAAAGGCUGCCACAGACCGAUACUGGCGUCAACGCCUGCAAGAGGCCGACAUUUCCGUGCGCUCGCAUGUAAAAGUCUCCGAAGGCUCUCUCGAGAAGCUAUGGAAGAACGUGGUUAGGACCUACACCUCCUGUAACCUCACCAAGCACUCCGACAAGUCCAAUGCUUUAUGGGGUAUCGCGAAGCUCUCGCGAGACAUACUAUGUCAGGAGUACGCCCACGGGUUGUGGUCGAGCUCCCUGGAAGAACAGCUUGCAUGGCGGGUUGCUGGUGGUCCCAAAGUGGUGGACUAUCAGACUGAGGAGACAGACGAGAAGCAAAACGAAACAUCAACUAUGACUCAGAAGACACCCCAGAAGGAGGAGACCUCCUUUCCAAGUUGGUCCUGGACUUAUUUGGACGUACCGAUUCAAGUUGUACCGAGAUUUCGCGAACGCCAUCGGUUCUACAAGGUGACUGAUCAUGUCGGGGGCAGCAUCGGCUUCCAGUUUGAGAACCCAUACCGUGGUUGGUUACCGAAAGAGACUGUGCCUCUGAGCGAGAAGCUUGAGAACAUGGCUAUAGGGCCGGACAACGGUGACAAGUAUCGAAAGGCUCAGCUGGCCAGUACAUGGAGACCAGAUGAAAGGUCGAAGCUGAUAUCUGACAAGAUCCCCGUCCAGGGACAUAUUUUUCGAGGCACUCUGAUUUCGAUAUCCGGAAAGGAAGGCUGGGUGAUUGCCAUUGAUGGUAUCCGGGGUAAUGCGCUGAUUGAGGCUUUUCCGGACAUUCAACCAUCUCAUAACGAGAUUUCGUGCGAGUUUCUUGUUCUGGCGGCGUCUGGUGUAAAGUUCGACGAGCUGGGAUGCGAGAUUGGCGAGAUUGGCGAUGCUGAAGAUGCUGAUGACGCGGAAGACGAUGAUGAAAAGGAAGACGAACUGGAUGAUGACGAACUGAAAGAUGACGACAGAUUCGUCGCUGGGAAUGACGGCGACAUCCAUUAUUCAGGAGUGGGGAUCUUAGUGAAGCGAGUUGGGGUUGACCAGUUGAUGAGAUUUGGGGCGGUUGCUUUCCGGCAAUGUUGA